GGAAUUGCUUACUUUUGGACAUUUUGACAUUUAUAGGGUCUGUUCUACCAUCACUUAAGACUUUCUUUCUCAAUUAAAGCCCACGAACUGGUUUUCCUUCUUUUAAUGCAAAAGUCUCUCCGCCAUUCCAAAAGCUAACAGAUUUGGUGAGGGUGCAAUCAAAGAGUAGGUGUCGGUCAAAAGGGUUCACCUUUGUUAGCCAGUGUCUCUUUGUGCCUUUCUGUUUCGUUGAGACCAGUGAGCCAGUGAUGAGUGUUGAGUGAUGUUUAAUGUCUUUGUGUGAGCUUCUUGGAAUGCAUGUUGGACAAGUGGGGUUUGUUCUGAGUCCAAGGAGAGGUCUGUGAGAGGUCGUUUGGUCACUUGGACUGGUGGGUCUGCUUCCUCCCCCAACCGACCCACUUGAUAAUUCACCUGCUCUUGUCAAGACUCGGAACUCGGGAGUACUCUGAUGAGAUGGGGUUUGGAGGGAAUCGUGAUAAUAAAAUGGCGGGACUGCGACUAACGCCAAAGCAGGAGCGUCCGAACAGCCAUCCCGAUAAGGGGGGAGCCAAGAAAGAUCAUAUAGAUGGCUCGCAGGAAGCCUCUCACCGUAUAAAGCUGGACAUGGGGCGCUUGAGUGACCGUGUGAAAUCAAGGGACAAACAAUUUUCCAGUACUGAAGUUCAAAGCUCUUUGAAGCAAGAGAUUAUGCAGCUUGAGAAAAAAUUACAGGAUCAAUUUGAGGUCCGCCAUGUUUUAGAGAAAGCAUUGGGCUAUAGGUCUUCCUCUCAAGAGACAACAAAUGAAAUCCCAGCAAACAAGCCUGCCUCAGAAUUGAUCAAGGAAAUUGCAGUGUUGGAGCUGGAAGUCGUGCAUUUGGAGCAGCAUCUUCUCUCAUUGUACCGUAAAGCUUUUGAUCAACAACUGUCUUCCUUAUCUCCACCACCAGCCAAAGACGAAAGAGUAAAAUCUCCAUUAAUUUCCAAUCCUUUUAGCACAUCAAAAAAGGAAAAUAUUGCUCUUCAAUCUAAUAGUCAGUCCCUUUCCAACCCAUGGAAAGAAUCCUAUGAUAUUGGAGGUGAAGAGAAGCUAUUAGAUGCAGGUGUUCAUCGCUGUCACUCUUCAUUAUCUCAACAUUCAGUUUUUUUGUCAAGAACUUCUCCUCCUGAAUCUCUUGCCAAAGCCGUGCGUGCCUGUCAGUCGCAACCUUUGUCCAUGAUGGAGUAUGCUCAGAGUGCCUCUCCAAAUGUAAUCAGUCUGGCGGAGCACCUUGGUACCCAUAUAUCUGAUCAUGUUUCCGAGACACCUAACAAGCUUUCUGAGGAUAUGAUCAAGUGCAUGUCAGUUAUAUAUUGCAAGCUUGCAGACCCACCGCUGACGCAUCAUGCCCUCUCGUCUCCCAAUUCAUCUUUGUCAUCAACCAGUGCAUUUUCUCCACAAGAACAAUUUGAUAUGUGGAGUCCUGGGUUCAAGAAAGAUUCAUCAUUUGAUGUACGGUUAGAUAAUCCUUUCCUGGUGGAAGGACUAAAAGAGUUCAGUGGCCCAUACAGCACAAUAGUUGAACUCCAAUGGAUAUAUAGAGACGGUCAGAAAUUUGGAGAUAUUGAACUGUUGCUACAAAGUUUCAAGUCACUUAUCUGCCGAUUAGAAGUGGUAGAUCCUAAGAAAAUGAAACGUGAAGAGAAGCUGGCAUUUUGGAUCAACAUACACAAUGCAUUGGUGAUGCACACAUUUUUGGCCUAUGGAAUUCCACAAAACAAUGUAAAGAGAAUAGUUCUACUAUUGAAGGCUGCUUAUAAUAUUGGGGGUCACACAAUAAGUGCAGAGACAAUACAGAGCUGUAUCCUUGGAUGCCGGAUGCCUCGUCCUGGACAGUGGCUUCGGUUGUUGCUUCCCUCAAGGACGAAAUUCAAGGCUGGAGAUGAGCGGCAAGCAUAUGCAAUUGAGCAUCCAGAACCUCUUUUACACUUUGCACUCUGUUCGGGAAGCCAUUCUGAUCCUGCGAUUCGUGUGUACACACCCAAAAGAGUGUUUCAAGAGCUAGAAGCUGCGAAAGAAGAGUAUAUACGGGCUACCUUUGGAGUGCGCAAGGACCAAAAAAUACUUCUACCAAAGGUUGUACAGUCAUUUGUAAAGGAUUUGGGCUUAUGUCCUGGCGGGGUGAUGGAGAUGAUUCAACAGUGUUUACCUGAGUCUGUGAGAAAAAAUAUUAAGAAAAGUCUGCUGGGGAAGUCUCAGAAGGGCAUUGAAUGGGUUCCUCACAAUUUCACUUUCCGUUAUCUGAUAUCGAAAGAACUAAAGUGAUUGCUUAUGAUGGUCAGAUUCCUAGCGCCUGAGGUCUUACGCAAUGGUUUCUUUGGGAUUUUUCGAUAUUGAGAGAAUUUUUAUUUUUGUGUACAAAGAAAAAAGAAGAAGAGGAAAAUACAAACUCAGAAAUGGGAGGAUAGAACAGCAUGGUCUGCACUUUUGUCUAGCGGAUCUCAGUUCUUCUCUGUUAUGCAAUGAGAAGUAUCUUUGAUUCUUGUAAUGGAUUUUUUUUUUUUUUUUAAAGUUUUCUGGGAGUGAGGUUCUUGCAAUGCUUUGAAAGCAUCUAAGUCUGCACGUGAGCUUUGUACAUAUACAAAUUUGGUAGAAAUUUGAGGCGCUGUAAUUAUUAAUAAAUCAUCUGAACUGUUUGGGCUGGCA